AUGCAAGCUGUGCAGAUAAUCCGGGGAAAAUCAGGUGCCGGGGUGUCAUCUCCGAGCCCGGUUGGGGGUGGCAGGGAGGAGUCCGGGAAAAACGGGGUGAGCUCGACGGGGCAGCCAGGGUGUGUCGGUGCACAACGAAGUAAAAUGGAGGAUUUUUUGCUUGAUGCUUUCACGAAGUACUGCGAAGACAAUGGCACGGAGGACCUCUUGCUUAAAUAUCUAAAGCCGUUUUUCAAGCAGUACUUGCGCAUCUCCGACAAACUAAUCUACUUCUUGCAACCACAUGAUUUUAUUCUCAAAGGUACCACCGAGGUUGUUGAUUUCGAACGUUAUCUGUAUCGAGGCGGAUUGUUUUUGAUCUUGAACCAGAAUUUGGAUCUGAUCCAGGACAAUUGGAAACUCGUUUUGAACAGCCUCGGACGCAAACCCAGUUACAAAGAGCGCUUAACCUUCUCAGAUGUGCAGAAGCUGGCAGCCUCGUUGAACCAAGACACGCCACAGAGCACAGUGGCAGAUAUGCUUACUCUACAAGGAGACAAACAGUACAUCGACUUCUUUGACUUCGCAUUGAUACUGGGACGCGUGGGGGAGCUAAACAUGAAGUGGGAUUAA